AUGGCGGGAUCGAUGGUAGUCUACCUGGUCGGCGCGAUCGAGGCUCAUGCGAUCCCGAAACGGCGGACAGUCAAGAUCGAAGGACAAAUUGCCUUUGUCAAAGAAUUUCACAAGAUGCCUCGACCGAUUCAAUGCUACAACUACGAGCAUCCACAGAACCACCGUACCGACUCCUGUCCAUCUGCAGAGACGAAAUGCCCGGCAUGUGCCGAUGCUCAUGCCACGGGCCGCGACGACAAGACCAUCACGUCGUGCCGGAAGGACGGGUCGCGCACGCUGCACGGCUGGAUAACGCGCGAAUUCCCCAACUGCUUCUGGGGCGAGAAGACCGAGCACCUUGCCUACGUGAUUGCGGAGUGCGAGAAGCGCAGCGUCCACACCGUCGAGCCCACCGCCCAGGCGGAGGAGGACUAG